AUGUCUGGUCCGCGUGUUUCAAGGGUCCAAGGCCAAUGGCAAGACCCUAGGGUCAAAAACCAAAGACUCCUGUUAGAUAGAACAUGGUUUUUGUCUCAUCCUGCGUCGGACCCGGCCGAUAAGUGGGUAAUAGUGUUGUCGUCCAUUCUUCCUAGAAAGGAACCUACGGAUUUAAGUCAGUUGGCUGAUAAGGCGGAUGAUAGGCCCGACAAAGCUGAGAAGUUCGCGGACCCAACGGUUGUCCAGAUCUCGGGAGAUACAUGUGCGCAGGCAGUCAGUAUUGUACAUCUGGCAGAAACCGAGUUGGGCAGACAGAUAGCAAAAUUGUGUAUAUGUAGUGCGUAG